AUGUAUCAUUUUGAAUUACCAUAUGAAGAAUGUCGUCGUAGGCGAUUUGAAAGAACUUAUUAUCCACAACAUCCAGAAGGUUAUUUUGAUGGACAUGUUUGGCAUGCUUAUGUCAAAGCAAAAAAGGAAACUUUCGAACGAUUUCAUGAUAAGAAAAUUGUUAUUGUUAAUACAGCAGAAGAAUCAUUUGUGAAAAUUGAAGAAAAAAUUGUCAAAGAUAUUGAAAUAGCAUUGUAUAAAAAAUAA